AUGUCUGGUGUAUUUUUGCAGAUGGGAAGAGAUAAAGAGAAGAGAGGAUUAGCAGCUGGCUCUGAACUGAUUCUGGUUGACAAGAGGGCUCUAUGGACAGUCUUUAUGAACCAGUCCAAGAUCCACAUGAUACUCAGGACUAUACAGCAAGCAGUAGACCAACAAGCCCUGCUGUACAAACUGAGGGGAUACUACAAAAUCAGGGGGCAGAGAAGUCCAUCUCAUUGGGCUCCAAUACCAAGGUCGACGCCUCACAAUGAAUCUUUUGAAAGUAUAGACUGCAAUAAUCUCUUCCGACAGACUUCAAGGAAAAAGGAAAGCAGUAUAAAUAAUGCAAAGAAUCAUUUUCAGGAAGAAAUUGUUGAAGACUACUUUCUGGCUGACUUUUUAAAUGGAGGAGACAGGGUACAGCUUCUUAAAGAAAAGAAGGCAAAAGAAGUUCAUACUCAGCUAAUGAAUUAUGAACCUUGGAUUCCAACCUGGGAAUGCACUGAAAGCAGGCAAAAUACACAUGAAAUGAUUAUGGAAGCCGCAGAAGAUGAAAUUGAAUUAAAAGGAACCCUAAAAAGACUGCAAAAACUUGUUCGUGUAAGAAAAAUCAACCAGAACAAUCAAGAAGAUGGAAAAAAUAUAUUAAUUUCUAGUACUAAUAGUCAUAUGCAAGACAACUUCAUGGUGGAGGACAGUCCAGUGAUUUCGUGCAUUAAGUUACCAAAAAGCCAAGACAAGAAGCAAGUCAAGGAGCCAUUAAAACAAAAUCAGAAUACGGACCUAACUUUAGAUUUUGCCUGGAAUUCCUUGGAUAGACCAUAUCGUCCCAAAUGGAACUACCAAGUAGACUGCAGUCCUCCUUGGGGCAAUGGUUAUCACACGUGUAGAAGAGCCAUUCCUGAGUAUCGAGUUUAUGGUCAUGAUUUCACUCUCCCAAGGUCAAAAGACUGGGACAAAUAUGAAUACUGUGCACAUGACAAGUUUCCAACACGGUUUACACGCUCAGCAACUGACAUGGACCUCUAUGAUUCAAAGGAGAAGCUUUCUUAA